AUGUCUAGAGUUGUGAUCCAUGUAUCUGCAGGAGAUGAGAGUGGCCUCGUGGUGGUUCAGACUGCCCCAGGGAAAGUGCUCACUCACCGUGGAGGUUCCAUCAUCCUGCCCUGCAGGUACCACUAUGAGCCAGAGAGCCAGGACCCCGAGAAGAUCCGCAUCAAGUGGACCAAGGAAUCAGACACAUUGCAAAGCAGCGACGUCUUUGUGGCAUUGGGCAGGAUCCAGAAAGCCUUUGGGAUAUACAAGGGCAGGGUGUGGUUACAAGGCGAUGGAGAUGGCGAUGCAUCCCUCAUCAUGCAGGACGUGACCCUGCAGGAUUACGGACGGUAUGAAUGUGAGGUCAUAGAUGAGCUUGAGGAUGAUACAGGAAUUGUCAAACUGAACCUGGAAGGUGUGGUGUUUCCUUACCAUCCAAGGCUGGGGCGUUACACGUUAAACUUUGAAGAUGCUAAGAAGGCGUGUGAGGAGCAGGAUGGGAUAUUGGCCUCUUAUGAGCAGCUGCACGAGGCAUGGCUGAAGGGAUUGGAUUGGUGUAACGCAGGCUGGCUGGAUGAUGGAUCGGUCCAGUACCCGAUUUCCAAGCCCCGACUUCAGUGUGGCAGAUCGGAGCAGACCGCUGGCAUUCGGAACUACGGCUACCGCCACAAAGAUGAUGAGCGAUAUGAUGCUUUCUGUUUCACCUCCAACCUGAAAGGUAAAGUUUAUUUCCUGAGGACCUAUCGGAAGCUGAACUAUGCAGAGGCGGUGAAGGCGUGUGAGAAACACGGGGUGACCAUUGCCAAGGUGGGUCAGCUGUAUGCAGCCUGGAAGCUGCAGUUACUGGACCGCUGCCAGGCUGGCUGGUUACAGGAUGGCAGUGUCCGCUACCCCAUCGUCAACCCACGGGACAAGUGUGGCGGCAAGGAACCCGGGGUCCGCAGCUUCGGCUUCCCCGACAAGAAGCGACGGCUCUACGGGGUCUACUGUUUCAAAAAGAAGGAAUGA